ACCAAACAACUCGUCCCGUGAAUGCGGACGGUGCGACUGUGCUCGCCCCCGGCCCCGUGUGUAAACCCGCCGAGCAUUCGUGGCCGCGGCUAACGCAGGCGAUCCUCCGCGCUGCUGGUUUUGCAACCAACAUUUAGACAUCUCUCUGAGUGAAAAUCGCGGCGCUGGUUUUGAGCGAGCAGCGCCCGAAGCGAGGUGACAGUCUGCGAGACGAGAGAAGAGGGUGGAUCUGACCGCCGUCUUCCGUACCAGUGACGACUGAUCGGAAUCAUGUAAUCUUGCACCGGCACCGUCGGGCACACGGCUUGCGCUGCAGUUCGGAACUUGGCUGGUCGGGAUGAAGAAGGGAAGCGUGGCAAAGUUGUCGCGAUGAACUCAGUUCCGUAUCUGUCUGCAGGAUGAGUCUGAAGGCCUUCGACUUGGUUCCGCUUAGCGAGCGUGUAUCGACUGGCGCCGCGACAACCGAGAUCACAUGUCUGGAGUGCAGUGGAAGGGCACUGUAUGUUGGGACAGCAGAUGGUUUUCUCAUCCAGUACAACCUGGAAGACCACAGCUGGUGCGAUGGGCGACGCACUGUUGCUGCCCGCAAGGCAAGGCAGAAAUUCAUCGGCACGAAAAAGCCAGUACGAACACUGAAAGCGAUGUCAGCGCUGGAGAGACUGCUGUGCCUGAGUGACGGGAACUUCAUGUGCCUUAACACGGCUGACCUUGAUAUUCUUGGCCCACUGUCUAAGUUGAAAGGCAUCUCCGCAUUCUGCAUCAACGAAAACCCUACCCGUCACGACCCGUUCUCUGUUCAGGUAUGUGCUGCCAAGAGAAAACAGCUGCAGCUGUAUGCCGUCACGGAGAGCAAGGUGGCUCACCAGAGCGACAUCUCCUUACCCGAGCACCCUCUGGCCUUGGCCAUGGAUGGAGACUACAUUUGUGUUGCCACGGCAACGCAGUACCUGGUCGCGUGCUGCAGCACAGGCCAUGUUCAAAACCUGGUGCCGUACGAUAGUGAACUCACCGUGCCGUUCGUCAAGAGAAUUGCCAAGGAUGAGUUCCUGCUCAACGGCCCCAGCGACUUGGGCAUCUUUGCGUCGAGCUCGGGUGUGUCGCAGCGGCCCCCUCUGCCCUGGAGUUCAACCGUCUCUGCGGUAGCCUACGCCCACCCGUACAUCGUCUGCCUCUCCGAAGACUACGUCACGGUCUACAGCAUUUUCGACCAGCAGCCCAAGCAGCGGGUCCCCUUUGUCAACGGCACCUUCCUGGACAACUUUGAGGGCAAGCUGCUUCUUGCUGGACGAGACACACUCUUCGUGCUACAACCGGUGCCAUGGGAGGCACAGGUGCAAGCACUUCUGGCCGAUGAGAAAGUGGCAGAGGCCCUGGAGCUGGCAAGACACUCCAACAAGACCGGGCUGUCGCACGAACAAAACAAAGAGGUAUUGCAGAGGAUACAACUGCAAGCGGGGUUCGUCGAGUUCUCCAACUUGCAGUUUGCUGAAGCAGAAGAGCUUUUCCAGGAGGGUGGCCUGGACGUCAGAGAACUCAUCAGCCUCUACCCAGAGCUGCUGCCUGCUUCAUCGGGGUUCGAGAGGGCGUCGCCCAAGCUGCACGACAUCGACGACGUGUCGCAGAUGUGUGGUGGUGAUAAGGACAAGGUGGCCAAGUGUCACCAGUUCCUGGCUUCCUACUUAGAGACUUCGAGGCAACUUUUUUCCGACUCCAGAAUGGAGGUCAACAGUGCCCUGCUGAAGGUCUACGCUCUGUCCGGGGACGACGACAAGCUGCUGAGGUUCCUGCAGAGCAACGGUGGCAUCUGCUGCGACUUGGCUGACUGUGCGCAGUUCCUCAAGCGUCACGGCCGCCCGCAUGCGGCCGCACUUCUUUACCAUGCUCACCGAGAGUACGAGAGCAGCCUGCGUCUCUGGGCAAGUAUUCUGUCUGGCGAGCUGCAGGAUGAAACAUUCCCGGGACUUCAAUAUUACGUUGACUACCUCUCGAGGCUAAGCAACCACAAGCUGCUAUGGCAGUUCGCAGAGCUGGCUCUGGAAAAGGACCAAGAAAUGGGAGUCAAGAUAUUCACUGAAAGGCCGCCCGAUGAACCAGAAUCAGACGAGCUGAAGCCAGAGGGUGUGCUGGAGUACCUGCACCGGUUCCACGAUGCUGUUGUUCUCUACCUUGAGCACCUCGUAUUCGGGAGGAAACUUGAGAAUGAUAAAUAUCACACCCUGCUCGCGGUGAUGUACCUGGAUAUGGUGCUGCGCUUAUUCAAGGAGAAUGGUCCAAGCACCGAGUCUGAAAGGCUGAAGCCAAUUCGGGAAAAGCUGCAGCAUCUGCUGCGGACGUCAAACUCCUAUCGGGUGCAACUGCUGCUGGGCAGGGCACUGGAGCACAAUUUGCACCAGGAGUGCGCCAUACUUUACGGCAAGCUGGAAGACCAUGACAAGGCACUUCGCCUCCUGGUCCAUCAGCUCAAGGACUACCAGGCAGCCGAAGACUACUGCCAGCGAAUGUCCCAAGGACGGGACCGGCGCUUCCGGCACCGCCUGUACCACACUCUGCUCACCGUCUACUUGGACAGCAGUCUUCCGAAGGAUGACCAAGAAGCGUUACUGCCGGCUGCUAUCCAGCUGCUAAACAGUGAAGUGGCUGAAUUUGAUGCUGUGAAGGUGCUGCAGCUGCUGCCACCCGACUGGUCGGUCUCCCUGAUGGACCAAUUUCUGGCAAAGGCGGUGCGUACCUCGCUACACCGGUGCAGCAUGGCACGGGUCGAGAGCGCCCUGCGUCGCUCCGAGAACCUUCAGGUGCGGUGGCGAGAGGCCCUGCUGCACCAGACCUCGAUGACGCUCACAGAGGAAAGGACGUGCGCCAUCUGCCAGAGAAAUUUCCAGGAGCCUUCAUUUGCCUGGUGCCCCAAUGGAUCCAUUGUACAUGUUGACUGCAUGAAAAAUGUGGCUGGUGCUCAAGGACAUUCCAAGGACAGUUCGCAGACCAGCCCCAGAUGAUGACUGCUGGUUCGAUGCUAGUCUCUGUAGGCUUGACAUCGGGGCACUUUAGAUCUUUACGAAAGGUCUAGUCUCACGUUUCCAUGAUAUGCUGACGCAGUGCAACGACUCUUCAUUUGUGUCUUCUGAAGCUAUUACAAACGAAGGAAAGCGAACACGCUGCAUUGUCGUUGGGCCCCCCUACUCCCCCAACCAGAGUUCCGACUUGUACAGUGUUUUACGUGCUGUCUGCAAA